AUGUCAGAAGCAGGUGAAGGUCACAAGCGCAAUAAGUCGUCUGCACUUUCCCUGCUACGACGUAAGGAGGGGAAAGAAGAAGAGAACGCCGAGGACGGAUCUGGUUCACAACUACCAAGCAAGAGUCCUUCGUCGACUUCCCUCUCACACCACAAUUCGCAGCGACACCACGUCCAGAAACCGUCGACAGGAACUGCGGGGUUGAUGCGAUCGACCUCCAACGUCCAGACCCCUAGAACCAUGACGGCACCACCCCCACCACAAGAGAAGACGGCGUCGAUUGAGUCGUCCGUUAGGAAGUUCCGUAUAUUUGAGGCGCUCCGAAGUGGUGAUACGGCCGCAAUUGCAAAGGCAAUUCGUGAAUCAGAUGGCACGCGUAUGAGCACUUCCAGUGCAACUGGCUCAGGGUCGUCUGGUUUGGAAGACACAACUAUACUACACCUUGCAAUACAAUGCGCAGAGCUUCCCGUUGUGGAAUACGUGUUGUCUGAUGGUGCUGGAACAAUCGAUAUUAAUGCUAGAGAUAAAGAAGGAAACACUGCGUUGCAUCUAGCUGCGUCGCAGGGAAGAGGACAGGUUGUGCGGCUUCUGCUUGAUCAGAAUGGUAUCAAUGAUUCUAUUGCAAACUACCAAGGCAAGCUACCACUCGAUAUGGCUCGGACACCAGAUAUUUUCCAGCAGCUACAACUUUCACGUUCGAUUUUCGUUGAUGGCAAGAUUAGACAUGUACAGGCUUUAGUUGCACAGGGAAACUACAAGAGGCUGGGAGAAGUUUUGGAGGAGCCAAGAGUGAAGAUGGUUCUGGAUAUCAAUGGUGGAGAGUUUGCAUCUGAUAUUGGUAUCGUCCAGGCUGGUGGUACACUAUUGCAUGAGGCUGCGAAGAAGAAGGAUAAGGAACUAAUUCAAGUUUUGCUGCUCCACGGAGCCGACCCAUUCCGUCGCGAUCGAAAGGGCAAACUCCCACAAGACGUCACCAAGGACGAUACUACAAGAGCUAUGUUGAAGCGUUCUCCAGCAGCAGUCGCUGCUCAACGGGGUAUCCAGGAGAAGGCUGUCCUAGGAAAUGCAUCUCAACAGGGAGGUUCUGGAUCUGCGCCUGGAGAUACACUUGCCGGGAAGGACGGUCGCGAGAUGAAGGGAUACCUGAAGAAGUGGACAAAUUAUCGUAAAGGAUACCAGUUGCGGUGGUUCGUGCUAGAAGAUGGUGUCAUGAGCUACUAUAAGCAUCAGGACGACUCCGGAUCUGCUUGCCGUGGGGCGAUCAAUAUGAAGAUUGCUAGGCUGAACAUGGACCCGACUGAAAAGACCAAGUUUGACAUCAUUGGAAAGUCAUCGGUCAAGUACCAUUUGAAAGCCAACCAUGAAGUUGAAGCUAAGAGAUGGUUCUGGGCACUCAACAAUUCCAUCCAGUGGACCAAGGAUCAGGCCAAGGAGGAAGAGAGGCAGAAGCAAAGAAGCGCAGAGCUGCUCAGACAAGCAAAGGCCGAACAUUCUGGAUAUAGUUUCGCGAAGGAAGCUUCCACUACAGAACUUAACAGCGAUACUUUGAGUGUUGCAGAUACUCGGAGGAACAGCACGCAAACCAAUCGCUUGAUUCCACAAACCAGUGCGGGAAAGCUCGGAGGUCACAAGGUUGCUUUCACAAGUGGUACAAGCGUGGCAGACGACGAUGAAGCCACCAAUUACGGCUCGUACGAACCCAGCUACAUGGGCGAUAUUGGAAAAGUUCCAAGUAACUUUGGGCCUAGUGGGGACGAUGGUGACGACGAGGAUGAGUACGGUGAAGGUUCCAGCGACCGCGAAACUCCAGCAAGCAAAGAUGCAUUCGAGAUUACAGCUCAGUCUGCAAAAUUACAGCUGGAUAUGAUGGGACAGGUCAACGCAGCGCUUCAAGCCGAGCAAGUGCGGAACCCGAACCUUUUGAUCUCUGACCCUGUUGCGAUGCAAGCAUCUCAGACCUACGAUUCAUCGAUUCGAAACUUAAAGGGUCUCGUUGGGGAUCUCUUGAAGAUCUCAAAGGACAGAGAUGCGUACUGGCAAUAUCGUCUUGAUCGUGAAGCCGAUAUGAGACGUAUGUGGGAAGAUAGCAUGGCGCAGGUGGCUCGCGAGCAGGAGGUUCUGGAGGCGAGAGUUGGUGAAUCAGAAGAGAAGCGGAAGCUGACUAAACGAGCUCUGCGUGAAGUCAUUGAGUCCGGCAGUGUUGCUGUAACGAGCAGACCAGAGAGUAGAGGAGAGCCUUUGAAGGGAGACGAAUUCGCUGAUGCGCUUGAUGAGGUACCUCUCGACAAGGAAGGCAAGGCUUUAAGACGCAAGUCGACUUCUAAGAGCUCCAUGCGGCGCAAAUCGAUCCUCGAGGAAGUUGGCCCAUUGUCUGAUACUGAUGAGGAGGAAGACGAUGAGUUCUUUGAUGCCGUCGACGCUGGAGAAGUUCAGGUUGCCCCGAUGCUGCCACUACCAGCGCAUAGCCCACCUCCGAAACAGGACGCCGAGAAGGGAGAUGAGAAGACGGAUGUGGCUGCGGUCGAUACUGUUGAUCUGAGUCCCUCAUUCAGAGGAUAUGAGAAUGGUAUCCGGAAGAAGCUGAAGAUGGAUGCUGAUGAUAGGCCGAAGAUCUCGCUCUGGGGUAUUCUCAAGUCUAUGAUUGGGAAGGAUAUGACUAAGAUGACGCUUCCUGUUUCUUUCAACGAACCAACUUCUCUCUUACAGCGAUGUGCUGAGGAUAUGGAGUAUGCCGAUCUCCUUGAUAUCGCCGCUGACAGAACUGACUCCACUGAGCGUAUGGUAUAUGUGGCUGCUUUUGCUGCUAGUGAGUACGCUUCAACGAUUGGUCGUGUCGCCAAACCAUUCAACCCGCUUUUGGGAGAGACCUUCGAGUAUGUUCGACCAGACAAGAAUUAUCGAUUCUUCAUCGAACAAGUCAGCCAUCAUCCACCCAUCGGAGCUGCUUGGGCAGAGUCACCUAAAUGGACAUACUAUGGAGAGUCUGCCGUCAAGUCCAAGUUUUACGGCAAAUCUUUCGACAUCAACCCACUUGGUACUUGGUUCCUUAAGUUACGUGCAGCGGAUGGUACGGAGGACUUUUACACCUGGAAGAAGGUCACCUCAUCUGUCAUUGGCAUCAUCACUGGAUCGCCGACAGUCGACAAUUAUGGACCUAUGGAAGUCAAGAACUGGACGACAAGCGAGACUUGUCUGAUUGAUUUCAAGGCUCGUGGAUGGAAAGCCUCUAGCGCAUACCAAAUCACUGGUCGUGUCAAUGAUGCCAAGGGCCAAACUCGAUUCAGUCUUGGUGGCCGAUGGAAUAACAAGAUCUAUGCUCGAUUCACCCCGGGAUACGAAGCCACUGUUGAGGAACCCAAGCACGGAGGAAUGCACCACCGCGGUAGCGUCAGCGAUCCCAACCAAGCCUUCAUCGUCUGGGAGGCCAAUGCCCGACCGACCGGAAUCCCAUUCAACCUCACACCCUUCGUUGUAACACUCAACGAUAUCAACGAGCAACUCGAGCCAUGGCUUCCACCUACAGAUACUCGUCUCCGCCCAGAUCAACGUGCCAUGGAAGACGGAGAGUACGACUUCGCAGCGACGGAGAAGAACCGUGUUGAGGAGAAGCAGCGUGCUAAGAGGAGGGAGCGAGAGCAGAAGGGUGAGGAGUUCGAGCCGCAUUGGUUCCAUAAGGCGAAGUGUCCUAUCACGGGUGAGGCGUACUGGGAGUUUAAUGGUAAGUAUUGGAAGGAGAGGGAGAAGGCUGGGAGUGGGGAGGCUUGGAGGAUGGUGGAGGAGAUUUUCUAG